AUGUCCACUGGUAUCUUCGCAAACGAGACGACUUCAGCCUGCACGGCACCACUCCUCGAUGAAUCACUAUUCCCACAGAAAGGAGGAUAUCUACCAGGUCGCUACUGCGGCCUCGGCUCCUUCCAAAUCGACGGCGGCACAGCAUCAUGCUGUUUUCCGUGUCCAAUCCAAGACUACAUCUACGCACCCAACUGGCGCACCCGCCUGCGCAUACCAAACUACCUCUCCAUCCUCAGCGUCACACUCUGCACCUUCCUCCUCCUCUCCUUCCUUGCCCUACCCCCCUCGAAAACACACCGCCAUUACCUCUCCGUCGGCCUCCUCAUUCCCGUCCUCCUGGUCAGCCUCUCCUUUUCCAUCCCCGUAACUACAAAUCCGGAUUACUGUCAUAAUGCCAUCACACCCGCCGACAUGCACUUGGUCGGCAUAGAGAUCUUCAUUCUACUCUUCGGCCGGUCAAUGGCACAAGCCUGGCUGGACCUAUUCAAGCGCCUCCCCUCACUUUUCCAAACAUACCAACCGCUGGGCCGCCGGCCGCAAACACCAGAACUUACCACUUUUGAAAACCCCGACAAGUACAGUCUCCCCUCUCCUGCAGAGCGCCGCCAUGGAUCCCGCUUCGUGGAAGGUCUCGACAUAGUCCCCUCGUCAAGUGAGAGCCAUGAAUCCCGGGAACAGAUUCCUCCACCACUCAGAUCGCCUCCUCCCCCUUCACCACCAGACUCACCACCACCCCCAAUCCCAACAUUGCAGAGGGAAAACUUUAAAGCCGUGAGACCAUACCAACCUGUCCUUUUAGUCGCGAGCUCAGCCUCAGAGACAUCCAACAUAGCGAGUGCUGGUUUUACAUCGUCAAACGUCCUACCCUCUCCACCCGCAAUACACAUCACCUCACCCACAGGCGCCACAACAUCAUCCUUGAAGUUCAACACACUUACCUUUUCCCAUGCUCACACCUCCAUGUCUCCAACGCGCCUCUUCCACCCUACACGUUCAGCGCCCAUGCCGCCGUUAAGGACAAGUAGCGUAAAAACCUCCAGUCUCGCCAGCUCAUCCGCUCCAUCCACAUCAACGAGUAUUUUCUCUACAACGAGUUGGCGAACCAAGGAGACGGAGAGGAGCUGGCGCGAUUCUACAAUAUCUGCUUUGGGUAGAGUGUCGAUUGCAGAGGGUGCCGACGGUGAUGAUGCGGGGGUUUAUAGUGAUCAUCGGCGCGUCGUAAGAGAAGGCGAUCUUCCCACCACCACAACAAAGACCAACAUCUCGGGUCCUAUGCCGGGUACUUUUCAACAUCUUGACGGCGCUUUUGUACAAUUUCGACCAGCAUCAGCAUCCUGA